GCAUAAUCCUCAUAUUUAGUGAGCAGACACUAUACUAUAACCAUUUUCAGGCUGCUGGUAUAACUAUAGAGGAUCCAAACAGUCCAAAUUUUUUUACUCCUAUCACAGGGCAAAGAUCUCUUCCUGACCUCAGAGAAUCCCAUCCCGCAUUUCGAGUACCUCCCAUUGAGGAACAUCCUUUAUACCAUAAAACAAGCUGCUUGUUAUUUGAUGGUAGCACACCGAUGAGCGAUGGCAUCGCUCAAGCAGCAUUACUAUGCAAAGCUGUGGUGAAGCAAGGCUUACCUGAGGCUAUGUUGCAGCAAGUUGGACAAAUUGAGAUUUCGGAGGACUCGGUUCGUGACGCUAUCCUUCAUGGCGAGAAGUACGAUCCAACUCUUGAGAAGUUGCCAAGACGUUUUGACCCAGUGUUGUUUUGGAUUCGACAUCCUGUAGUUCAUGGGACACCUGUCAUCAAACGAUUGCAAGUUCUGAACACUUUUUUUGUGAAAACUGAUCAUAUGGCACCAUGCUUUCAGAAAUAUUGUCCUCGAUAA